AUGGCGCCGACGGCGCGGACGGCGACGGGCGCGACGCUCGAGGACGGUGGACUGGGAUCGCGGGUGAUGGAGAUGUGGCUCAUGGCGGUGCCGAAGCGCAAGGUGACGCCGAGUCGAAGGAAACGGAGGAAUCAGUUCAAGAGGUUGCCGUUCGUGGAGAGCGUGGUGCGGUGCGGGGUGUGCGGGAAGGUGAAUCUGCCGCACGUGCGGUGCUGCGACGUCGCGCGCGAGGCGCGAAAGGGGGGGGGAGAGGAGACCCCGGGGACGUCGCCGUGA